AUGGAGCCUACCCUGGCGGUUCCUACCCCUUAUGGCUGUAUUGGCUGUAAGCUGCCACAGCCAGAAUACCCACCAGCUCUAAUCACCUUUAUGUUCUGCGCAAUGGUUAUUACCAUCGUCGUAGACCUGAUCGGCAACUCCAUGGUCAUUUUGGCUGUGACAAAGAACAAGAAGCUCCGAAACUCUGGUAACAUCUUCGUGGUCAGCCUCUCUGCGGCAGAUAUGCUGGUGGCCAUCUACCCCUACCCUCUGAUGCUGCAUGCCAUGUCCGUUGGGGGAUGGGAUCUGAGCUACUUCCAGUGUCAGAUGGUCGGGUUCAUCACAGGGCUCAGCGUGGUCGGCUCCAUCUUCAAUAUCGUGGCAAUCGCCAUCAACCGUUAUUGCUACAUCUGCCACAGCCUCCAGUAUGAGCGGAUCUUCAGUGUGCGCAAUACCUGCAUCUACCUGGUUGUCACCUGGAUCAUGACCGUCCUGGCUGUCCUGCCCAACAUGUACAUUGGCACCAUCGAGUACGAUCCUCGCACCUACACCUGCAUCUUCAACUAUCUGAACAACCAUGUCUUUGCUGUGACCAUCGUCUGCAUCCACUUCGUCCUCCCUCUCCUCAUAGUGGGUUUCUGCUACAUGAGGAUCUGGAUCAAAGUGCUGGCUGCCCGUGACCCGGCUGGGCAGAAUCCUGACAACCAGCUGGCUGAGGUUCGCAAUUUUCUAACCAUGUUUGUGAUCUUCCUCCUCUUUGCAGUGUGCUGGUGCCCUAUCAAUGUGCUCACUGUCUUGGUGGCUGUUAGUCCGAAGGCGAUGGCGGGCAAGAUCCCCAACUGGCUUUAUCUUGCAGCCUACUUCAUAGCCUACUUCAACAGCUGCCUCAAUGCUGUGAUCUACGGGCUCCUCAAUGAGAAUUUCCGACGCGAAUACUGGACCAUCUUCCAUGCUAUGCGGCACCCUAUCCUGUUCUUCUCUGGCCUCAUCACUGAUUUUCGUGAGACGCAGGAGGCUCGUGCCCUGGCCCGUGCCCGUGCCCGUGCCCGUGACCAAGUCCGUGAACAAGCCCUCGGCCGUGCCUGUCCUGCUGUGGAGGAAAUCCCGAUGAGUGUCCGGAAUGUUCCACUACCAGGCGAUGCUCCAGCUGGCCACCCUGAAUGUGCCUCUGGCCACCCUAAGCCCCAUUCCAGGUCUGCCUACCGAAAAUCUGCCUCUAGCCACCACAAGUCUGUCUUUAGCCACUCCAAGCCUACCUCUGGCCACCCCAAGUCUGCCACUGUCUACCCUAAGCCUGUGUCUGUCCACUUCAAGGCUAACUCUGUCCAUUUCAAAAGUGAUUCUGUCCAUUUCGAGCCUGCUUCCAGCCACCCCAAGCCAGUCACUUGUCUCCAUGUCUCUGCUAGCAGCCACUCCAAGUCUGCCUUCAGCUCUGCCACUAGCCAUCCUAAACCCACCACUAGCCACAUUAAGCCUGCUACCAGCCACCCUGAGCCCACCACUGCUGACUAUCCUGAGCCUUCCAUCCCUGGUCACCUUGAGCCUGCCACCCCUAGCCACCCUGAGCCUGCUGCUGCUGGCCACUCUGAGCUCUCCACCACCCACUUCCCUGAGAUUGCUGCCACCAGCCACCCUGAGUCUGACGUCCCUGACCUCCCUGAGCCUACUGCCAGCCAGCUGGAGCCUGCCACCUCUGCUGACCUUCCUGACCCUACUGUAGUCACCACUGCUGCCAGUGAUUACCGACAGGUUGUGGUUAUUGACGUCGAAGAUGAUUCAGAUGAAAUGGCUAUGUGA